GGAAAUUAUUGAUAUGUUGGAGACAACAAGACAAGAUUGUUGACAAAGGUGGCAAAGAGCAUUGAUCCUUGAUCUGAGAUAAUAGUUCUACGCCUCUGAUCAAGCAUCCAUUAUAUCGGAAGCUUACAUUUAGCAACUUUUGGUUCUAGUCAUAUUAGCUUUGGCAUGCGAUGCUGACUUCGAUUGAUGGCGCGGGCAAGAUAAAGCAACACACCUGCUCCACAUCCAGAUUACCAAGUGUGCCCAUAGCAAAUCGACGGAUUCAGCCGUGUUUGUAUCAUCAGCGACGAAGACUCCCUAUUCUAGCGGCCAGUGAAAGACCAUGCCAUCUCAGGUUGCGGCAAAUGUCAGUGGUACAGCCAAGACCAGCAACAUACUCCAGAAAGUCUUCUUGUAAGAGCACCUGCCAUCGGCAAAGGGAUUCAGCAAAGAGCGCGCAUGCACCGCCCCAAACCUCCUGGGCCUCUUGGACAGCGCUGGGCAGCGUCCUGCUGGCAGCCGGGCCGGCGAUUGCAGAAGAUGGGCUCAAGUAUGAACCUGGGGCUGGUGCGGACGUGGUAAAACAGGUGGCAGGGGCAGCAUAUGUGGUGCUGCUAGCAGUCUUUGCAGUGCGACUGCUCACCAAACGGGCAAAGUUCGCCACGGAAGAGAGACUUGCAUCAGCAGCGAAGGGUGAAAAUGAGAGGCCCCCUGACCCCUCCAUCAAGCGCGUCACACCCCUCCAGUCUCUCUGGGCUGCAGUGCAGGCAGGAGUAUUUGCAUACCUGUUGUAUCUAUUCAGCAGUAACGUAGAUGGCUACUUUGAACGUCAGCCGCUGCCUGACCAGUACACAGCGCGCAACAUCACAGUCGCCAUCAGCACCAUUGUGCGCGGACUGUCCUACCUCAUCACCUUCAUCUUUGGCGCCAACGCCGUUGGCCUGAGCGCUCUGACUGUGCAGCUGUUCAUCAACCCGGAGGCGGUAAAUGAGGCCGAACCUCAGCAGGAUCUCCACGAUGUCUCGAACAAUGGGCAGGAAGGAUCGUCAGGGGAUGCCUUGUGAAUUUAAUUCAACAUUUUGCAAAGGAAAACUGCAGAAGUGAUGACCAGUGGUGGCCAUGAACAUUUUGAUGGAUCGCUAGUUGACAGAAUCCAAUGAGUGAUUACACACGGUGCCAGAAUUGCAAGGAACAUAUGCAAAAUGCAAUACAUCAAUUUAUGUAAGGCUUC